AACUUCAAACCCAAGCCUGGCAUCAAACAGCGAGCCCUCAGAUAAACCAAACAAACAGACCGGGGAUCGCACAGAGGGAGGCGGCCCUGGAAGUGGAAUAACAACACAACCAGAUCUCGACGCCUUGCACUUUGCAAACUCUUUGCAUUUCUACUUUAAUGAUCCCUCUGUCUUGCAUGCAAUUCUAUCGAAUUGUGAGGUUAUUGUCAUGCGAUCAUAAUGACCUGUUUGUAGCGCUAGUGUCCGCCCUGUGAUUGCGCUUUGAUGUAGGCCUAGAGGCCGAUCAGAGAUCAGAUUACACGCUUUAGAUCGCAGCCAUCCCCUGCCUUUGAUCUCCACGCUGAUUUUGUCUUCAAUCCGGGGAUUCCUCUGGACUGGAGCAGCGCAGCCGGGCAGAGAGCGCAUCGCAUGGCUGGAAUGGUCUGGAGCCCUAUGCAGAACGCACAGGAGUGGAUAUCUGUCUGAAACUACACUCAUUCAGCCAGGGAAAGAACAACUAAAGAACCGAUCAGACUACAGCAGCACAUCCCAGACUCAUUCCACAGUAGCCCCUCAAAAUGGCCUGGAUGUUUGGUCACACCUGGUUACUUCUACUGACAUUUCAUGUAAUAUAUUCAUCUCUGGUUCCUGUAACAGCAGAGGAGGAGACCAGAGAAUGCAGGGAACAGGAGUACAAGGAUCAGCUUGGGAACUGUAAACCCUGCAAGCAGUGCGACGCGGGACAGGAGCUAUCAAAGGAAUGUGGCUUUGGUUACGGAGAGGAUGCCCGGUGUGUGCCCUGCAGAAGCAACCGCUACAAAGAGGACCGGAGCCUGCAGAAGUGCAAGCCCUGCCUGGACUGUGGCCUGAACAACCGCUUCCAGAAGGGCAACUGUUCCACCACCAGAAAUGCUGUGUGCGGAGACUGUCUGCCUGGGUUUUACAGGAAAACUAAGCUGAGUGGAUUCCAAGAUAUGGAGUGCAUACCAUGUGGGGACCCUCCACCUCCAUAUGAACCACACUGCAGCGGGCGGGUGAACCUGGUUCCCAUCCCACCGGUGGUGACCAGCCCUCGGGACAUGGCUCUGGCAGCAGUCAUCUGUAGCGCUCUGGCCACCGUGCUGCUGGCCCUGCUCAUCCUCUGUGUCAUCUACUUCAAGAGACAGCUGCUGGAGAAGAAGCCCAGCGCAUCUCUAAGGUCCCAGGAUGGUCUGUACAGUGGAGCAGAGUUGUCGUGCCUGGACCGACGGAAGCUCCAUGACUUCCCUCAGCGCCCAUGCUGUCAGUGUCACCACGGGCCAGGCCACACCUGUGGCCCAGUGCACCUGAUCCCCUCCCUGUGCUGUGAUGAAAUCUGCAGUCUGGGCCGGAGCAGAGACACCAGCCCCCUCCAGUCCCAGAUCAGCCUCAACGAGGGAUGCUGCAGAAACCCCUGUGAGGAGAACGUCCUGGCCUAUCUGAAAGCCCAUCCAGAGCCCUGCAUCUCCAGAGAGGCUGGCGAGACAUGGCCACUCAUGCAGAACCCCGACUGUGUCGAGAGCUUGGGAUCGCCCCGCUGCAACCCAGAACCCACAGAGAGGUGCGAUGUGGAGGAAGAGAGCGAGGAGAAAGAGGAAGAGGGGUGCACGUUAAGUCAGAACACACAGGAGAAGCCAACUGAUCAGAGCCAGGAGAAGAUUGGUGCCCUGACAGAGGUCCUCCUUCCAAAGCAGCAGCCAUCUUCACUGGAAGGAUGACAUGGAUUUAGUUGGCUCGUGUUCCACCCUUGAACCACCCUGGACCGGAAAACAGUCCAGAAAGAUCCCGUUUCAGAUUACAUUAGCCCACACACCAAUUUCAAAAUAGUGUGUGGCACACAAUCUCUUUCAAGCGGCUUGUGACCCACGGCCUUCCGUCACGCAUCUGAAGCGACUAUGUAAAUAAAUGCAAACAAAAGCACUUCACUGUAAAAUAAAGCACAAGAGCAGAGACAGAAAAGAAAUCUAUGCACAACGCGAUGUUGCCGGGCCAGAGGCUGAUAUAAUGAAGUUCAAAUGAUGACAAAAUGACUGUUGACUGGUACAAAGUAAAUAGAAGCCAUCCCCUUUGUGUCUGAUGUCUGCUUAAGAAUGUCUUACAUCUACUUAUGUAGGUGACUAGCAGCAACAGUAUCACAGAUCUGGCAGAUCUGGACAUACCCAAAUCUAACUGCCUGUAGCUCAGGCCCUGAAGCAAGGAUAUGCAUUUUCUUGGUACCAUUUGAAAGGAAACACUUUGGAGUUUGUGGAAAUGUGAAAGGAUUGUAGGAGAAUAUAACACAUUAGAUCUGGUAAAAGAUAAUACAAAGACAAAACCAACUUUUGUUUUUGUUAUUUUUUUUGUACCAUGAUCUUUGAAAUGCAGAGAAAGGCCAUAAUGUAUUAUUCCAGCCCAGGUGUAAUUUUGAUUGUGGCCACUAGAUGGCAGCAGUGUACCUUUUAGACUGAUCCAAUGAACCAUUGCAUUUCUGUUCAAAAUGUUGUAUCAAGACUGCCCAAAUGUGCCUAAUUUGUUUAUUAAUAACUUUUCAUGUUUAAAACUGUGCACUCUCCUCAAACAAUAGCAUGGUAUUCUUUCACUGUAAAAGCUACUGUAAAUUGGACAGUGCAGUUAGAUUAACAAGAAUUUAAGCUUUCUGCCAAUAUCAGAUAUGUCUAUGUCCUGGGAAAUGUUCUUGUUACUUACAAUCUUAUGCUAAUCGCAUUAGCCUACGUUAGCGCAACUGUCCUGCAGGGGACCCACCGAUCUUGAAGAACAAUGAGGAAUGUUUGUGUGUGAUAUCAAAUUGGUUGUAGAUAGAUUGGUUGUAAAAUAUAAAAUAGGUUGUAAAAUAAUCAAUAAUCAUUGGUUGUAAAAUAGAAAAUAGGUCAAUAUUUUUGUAAUGUAGACAUGACUGACUAGUGACAAAUAUGCCUGUUAUUUUCAAUUGCAGUAUUGGUGGUUGUGCAUAAUUUUUAUACACUUCCACAAUUAACUUUAAUUUGAUAUAAUUGUCCAUAUUUGUAAAUAAACCACUUCAACAAGGCAAA